AUGCCACUCUACCGUGGUAGCAACUCUGUGUCGGAUGCCUUCUCUCAGGCCAACAUUCGUAAGCAAGGCGUACAGGACGGCGGUGAUCUGGGAGACAUUCUCAGUGGACUGGAUCAUCUGGUCAGUGCUGGCUUGGUUGAUAAGAAUGUCAAG